AUGUCGAGCAAAAGGGCCAAGGGAAAGAACACCAAGAAGCGUCCUCAGCGCGCCACGUCCAACGUGUUCGCUAUGUUUGACCAGUCUCAAAUUCAGGAGUUCAAGGAGGCCUUCAACAUGAUCGACCAGAACAGAGACGGUUUCAUUGACAAAGAAGACCUUCAUGACAUGUUGGCAUCAUUAGGUAAGAACCCCACAGAUGAGUACCUGGAGGCAAUGAUGAAUGAAGCGCCGGGUCCAAUCAAUUUUACCAUGUUUCUGACCAUGUUUGGAGAGAAGCUGAAUGGCACUGAUCCUGAGGAUGUGAUCCGUAACGCUUUUGCCUGCUUUGACGAGGAGGGCACAGGUAUGAUCCAGGAGGAGUAUCUGCGGGAGCUGCUCACUACGAUGGGCGACAGGUUUACAGACGAAGAAGUGGACGAACUCUUCCGAGAGGCGCCCAUCGACAAGAAAGGCAACUUCAACUAUGUAGCAUUCACACGCAUAUUAAAGCACGGCGCCAAGGACAAAGACGAUUAGUGACAGAAGCAGCUCCGGGGGGUUUAUUCUGUACAUUGUGUAUCUUUUAAUGGGUCUUCACUUUAGAACUGCUAUAUCCUGUUAUCUGGCUCAUGACAAGCUUCACUGUGGUACAGCUCACUGAAGGUUAAUUGUUUAAGCUGCUUGUUGGACCAUACCUCUGAACAACCCCUCCCCUUCUCCAACUCCUCAACCUUACUCCCAAAGCUCAUUUGCACAUCUGUUGAAAAGCCCACUAAAGGGUCAGUUUGUAUAAGCUAGUUAAGAUGUAUGAGAAAGACCCUCAUGGAUAAAAGCUGGAAAUAAACAGAAACAAGGAGUCUUGUCAUUGUGACUGGUUUGCUUUUACUGAAUCGUUUGUAUUUUGUAGGAAAUUAAAAGAUUAAAACUGCGUUCUGACAUGAA